AUGGUUCGUUCCCUAGCCAUCGCCGUCUCGCUUCUCGCCUGCCAAGCCGCUGCGCAUACCUUCAUUUGGGCUAUGCAGGGCGUCUACGUCAAUGGCAUCGACCAAGGCACCGGCAAAGGCAUUCGUACCCCAGCAUACAACGGCGCGCCUGGCAAAGGCGGAUACAACAACGGCCCAGUCAAAGACUUGACCUCGAUCGAUCUGCGAUGCAAUGUCAUGGGUGACAUACAGACAUCCGAGACCAUCAAAGUCAUGCCUGGUGACAAUCUGACAUUUGAUUGCUCCCCUGACCCGCCCACCCCCUCCUCCUUCAUCAAACUCUGGCACUCCGGCAAAACCUCCCUCCCCUUCCCCCAGCCCGGGCUCUGGUCCACAACAUCCGACAUCCGCGCCCACUACGGACACAUGAACAUGCGCAUCCCUGCCGCCCUCAAACCGGGCCCCUACUUGAUCCGCGCCGAAAUGAUCGCCCUGCACGAAGGCGACGUCAGCUACAUCGCCAAUCCGCGGCGCGGUGCGCAGUUUUACCCGGAUUGUGUGCAGAUUGAAGUUGUUGGGGAUGGGGACGUGGCGUUGCCGAGUGAUGGAGUGGGGUUUCCGGGCGCGUAUGGGUAUGGGGAUGAGGGUGUUGUGCAUAAUGUAUUUACUUCCCUUCCUUUUUAUGCUCUAAAUAUCAGGUUGCUAACUGAAGAUGAAGGUCUACUGCUCCACCGAAACCCGCCCCUGCGAAAACGUCCACCACGCCUUGCGUCACGGACUACGUUAUCCCUGGGCCAACUGUGUGGAGCGGUGCAUGGUCGAGCACGACAAGUGUCAGUGUGGGUGCGCCGACGGGAGUGA